AUGUCGGGCAUGACGGGAGCCAGCAUGUUGCGCACGCGUCGAAAGGAUGUCAACGUCAAGCCGAACCGGAAAUUGGACCGAAAGUCCUCCCGGGGCAUGCUCUACGAGAACGAGGAGCUAAGAUUACGCACAAUUAAUAUAAAUGCAGAGGUCGAAAGAGGUCAAUCGGAUAUUAAGAAAUUGAAGCGAGAAAAUGAGCAGCUGAAACGUGAGAUAUUAGCACUACGCUAUGAGUACGACCGUCUCGACAGCAUGCUACGCGAGAGACGAUCGUCACCCGAACACUCGGACGACAGCGUGUCGGUGUGCAGCGUGUGCCCGGAGUGCACCAGUGUGGACGGAUCUGUCCGCGCUGUCGCCUUCCACGACCUGAGUGUGGUGCCUGAGGAGGGCGAAGAGGGGAACAAGAGCGGCGUUGAAUCUCCAUGCACUUGUGAGGAAUGUCAGAAAGAUGCAACACCGGAACCGUCACAAAAUCAAAAUGACAACGAAGAAGUUGUAACUACGCAAAAUAUGGAGCGACAAAACAAUGUCACAACUCAACAUAGUUUAAAGAGCGACAGACACGAGCGCACAGUCGACGUAAUAAUUCACGAUGCGCCUGAAAUGCCCAGAUUUUACCAGUCGGUGACGUCAUCGCCUUGUCACGUCAUAGCGCCACCUCCGCCCGGUUUUGUCGUUGCUCCUCACCAACCACCGCGAUUCCACACGGGAGGUAACGUAGAGGAGCUACUAGGCGACGUACAAGCAACUCCUGCAAUACACACUACCUACAUACAGCAAAACUCCGUCUUCAUGUGUAACACUAGGCAGAUAUUGCAAAGACAAUGCUGCUGCCAAAAAGAAACGACCACUACUAAACCAGAACCAACACAACCUGUUGAGGAACAACCGCCGAAAUCCUACGUAACAGAGAAGAACAUAGAAUUGACUUACGACUAUCCAAGAUCGACGCCUGUUCGUAGCAGCUUAAGUCCGAAAUCUGGGGAGGAAUUAACGACUACAACGGAAGUGGCCAGCACCGUCGUCUUUGUAGAAAGACGAAUUCCGGUGAAGCCGAAGAAGUUUGACUUCUUCUUUCGAUCACGUUCGGCCCCCGUUGGAGAAAACGAAGAGCCAAUUUACGCCACCGUUAACAAAUUACCAAAGAGAUUACGCCGAAUGGAGCUGGCAAAUUUAGAAAAAGAAGUAGCGUACAAGUCUGGCGAGCCUGACUCUUCUAUCAGAACUGAAAUCACUCUCAAAACCGACUCUGAAUCGCACGCACCUCCACCUGACGAUGAUACCAGUAGAUCUGAAAGGGAAAAAUCAACGGCGCCCCAACGGCCAGAGUCGCCAAAAGCGAAGAAGCGAAAGAGAUUUUCUUUAACGUUUAAAAAAAGGGAAAGGAAAAGAAGAGAUAAGAAAAAGGAAGUUAAAAAUGGGGCACCCAAAAACGGAGUGCCGGUUCAAGUGGAGAGUGAUAAUGAAAGGCUGAUUGAAGGGGAGAUACAAGAAAUCGGAAAGCAUAGGCACUGUAACCGACACCGACCGCGAAAUACUCUGUCCUCGUCUAGCUCUGGCCCGCGGUACAAGCGGGAUAGCUAUCAGGAGAUGAUGACGUCCCAUUCUGAGCAUGAGCGCACGAACAGUGUGUGCUCCUCAAUGAACUCGCUGGGUUCCGCCUGUACGCACAAAUCGAGAAAACUCUCCGCUGCGCCACAUGAUGGCUCAAUACCAUGGUGCGGCUGCUGGGGAGCCGGCUGUGUAUAA